AUGAAGGCUUGGAAUAGAUUGUGUGACAUAUUCCAAGAUAACAAACACUCUCGUGCCGUCACCCUUGAGUACGAUUUCACUCAUGUGAACAUGAAAGAUUUUCCAAGUGUCUCUGCCUAUUGUCAGCACCUCAAAUCUUUGUCGGACCAACUAAAGAAUGUCGGCUCUCCCGUCGACAACAAUAGACUAAUUCUUCAACUAGUCUCUGGCCUCACCGAACCCUACAAAGGUGUGGCCACUCUCAUUCGCCAACGUGAUCCUUUACCCCAAUUUUAUCAGGCCCGCUCGAUGCUCACUCUUGAAGAGGCCGGCCUUGCUAAGAAGGCGGCACAUAACUCCUCAUCAGCUAUGGUUUCUCGUGAGUCGACUGGCUCGCAUGAUAUUGUUGAUCAUUCCUCUUCACACCGUAAUACUAAUGGUGGGAAAAGGAACCAAUACCGCAACAAUAAUCGCAGCAACAUUGGUGGUUGUGGAGGCAAAAAGGGUGGUAGCGGCGGUGGGGCUAAGACUGAAGUUGGUGGUCAGAUGGAGGGCGGCAACAACCGCGGUGGCGGACAACAGCCGCGGUGGCGGACAACAGCCAGCAGGUCAGCAUUCACCACUCAAUUUUCCAUGGGCUGGAGGUCAGUCAUGGCCUUGGAUGGCACCAUGGGCUCGCUGGGCUAUACCUCCUUGUCCAUAUCCAUUAAACUCAUGGACAAGGCCCAAUUAUGGACAGUAGCCGAAACAGCAACCUGGUAUACUUGGGCCCAGACCGCAGCAGGCAUACACGGCAGUUCCAUCUCCAACUGA